AUGUUAGUUUCUCUUCUCUAUCCCGGUCACUUAAAACUGAUACUGUCUGGAAACAGAAAACUGCUGCAUAUCACAGCUUUCCAAACAUCCGAUACGCCUCGGCGCCAUGAUCUGUCGACUUUUGUUAGCGGUGGAGUGGAGGAUUGCCUUUUCUUGGAUGUAAUGGCACCACGGAAGGUGUUCCAACGUGCCCUUGCUAAUGGCACACUCGCGCCUGUUCUUGUAUGGAUUCAUGGUGGCGGAUUCACAGCUGGUUCCAAAACCUCCAUUGGAUCUGCCCUUGGUCUGAUUAACCGCAGUCAAAUGAAUGGCUCUGAUGGGGUGAUCUAUGUGGCCCUUAAUUACCGACUUGGUGCUUUUGGGUUCAUGUCUGGGCCAGCUUUUGAAGAACAAGGCAGUCUGCCUAACGCCGGGUUGCAUGAUCAAAGACUUGCUCUGGAAUGGAUUCAACAACACAUACAUAAAUUUGGUUAG